AUGUCAUCGUCGCUUGACUCCUCCGGCGGAGGUGCCAGCGAUAGCCCCGGCAGCGGCGGCGCUCUGCCCAAGGGCAGCGCCGCCCCGCGCGCGCCGGGGUCGGCCCGUCGCCCCGACGACGCGGCCACGACCCCGACUCCGGCGACUACGCCAAUGCAAUCGCCCGAUCCUGCGUAUGGAACGUGGGAUGCGGGGCCUGCCUCGAUCGAGGAUCGCCUGCCUCACCUCGCGGGCAGGCAGCGCCAGGAGUACGCGUGGCAGACGUAUCGCAUGGAGGGCACGUACGACGCCCCGUACUUUUUCAAGGAUGCCAAUGGCAACGAUAUGAAGAAAUUCGUGCGCCACCCGCUGAACGCUCGGCACGAGGCUGUCUCCCGUCGCGACCUUAAGAACUUGAUCAUUGAGCACGGAGUUGCGCGGGGUGUCCGUGGCAAUCCGUGGGCAGUCCCGACUUCGCCCGACCUCUCCCAGGCAGUCUUCCAGCUCAUCGCGGCGGCGACACUCACGGAGGCGACGUACGACGCUUACGAGGAGCAGCCCGACAACCGCCAGGUGGCCGCUACCAUCGCGGCGGGCGUGGUGAACAUCGACGUCUUCUACCCCGCGACGCCGCCGGACGUGCUCGAGCAUUUGCGGGACCUGGGCAAUUUCUUCAACCCGCACUCCUCGCGGACGAGUUUCUUGGAGCACUACCUCAAGAUCCCGGAGAUCAUCGCAGAGUUUGGGAAAUGGAGUAAUGGUUACGAGGGGCUCUACUGGAAUUUUGUGAACAGCAACUACCCUGGUCGUUUUGGAUCGUAUCGAGAGUAUGCUGGCUGCUGCGUAUUUGUCAACGCGUUGAAACAUAACGGUGCGCGGGACACCUACGUUCAGCACUGCUGGGAGAACGUCCAGUUCAACGAGCCCUCGCUGACAUGCCCCCAAGUGUUUCGCGCCAACGCCAAGAUCGUCAGGACCUUGCUGAAGUCGGGUGCGCCUCCGCACUGGGUCAAGAUUACUUUGGAGCUCCUGAAAUUCGUUGUUCCGACGGUUGACGGCGUCCCGUGGUCCGUGACGACUGCGAAGAUCAUGGACGAGAGGGUGCCUUUAGUGAUGGUGCCGAUGAAGGCGAGUCGAACGUUCGCUGCCAGCAGGGCGCCGACGAACGGUAGCGCCACGAGCGCCGCCGACGGCGGCGACGACGACGGGGGCAGCGGCGGCAAGAGAGGCGGCAAGAGGCGCGGCGGCAAGGGCAAAGGCAAAGGCAAAGGCAAAGGCAAAGGAGGCAACGGCAAGGGAGGCGGCACCAAGAACAACAAAAGGGGGAACACCAACGUCGCCGACGAGACGUUCCAUGACACCGUCCCCGUGGAGGGCGGAGAAGCCGCCCGGGAAACUCUGUUCAUUGACGACCUCUACAACGCAGUGGAGUACACGGUGCAGCACGUCCAGGUUGGCCACAGGAACGAGCAGAAGAUCGGCGAGGCCUACAGGACUGGAUUGCAAUUCGUGCUGGAUGGCGAGGUUGAAAUGGUGGACACAUCGAGGGCGUCGCAGAGCGCCGUCAAAAUGAUCACCUACAAGACCUGGUCCAAGCUCCGGGCGCGCAUCAAGGCUGAUUUGCUCAGGUACCACUCUUUGAGGCCGCGCCAGUCGGAUCCAGACGUGGCGGGCGACAGCAAGGGCGACGAGGGCGACGCCGACGACGCGGUCGAGGACGCGCCCCCGGAGCAGCAGCCAUCGGAGUCUUUGGACGGGCUCCGGGCGAUCUUCGAGGACCCCAAGGCAGGAGCUAAGAUCGCGAAUUUCUUGGAUGAGAACCCGUUGCCUCUCGAGGUCGGCUUCGACGCCCGCGCGGAGAUCGUGAAGACUGAGCACCCAGCUUUCACGAAGGCUACGCGCGACGUCGCGAAGGCCAUCAGGAACACGGACACCACGGAGAUGCUCAAGGGCGCAACGUCCCCCAGCGACGUCGUGAAUGCGGCCAUCGAGAUCGUCGGGCAGGCUGUCUUCAGCAACAUUGAUUGUAGCUUGGUCAAUUUGGCUCGCGAAGUGAGCUCCUACGUUGAGCAAGAGCAGUUCUGCGGCGUUGGCGGCAUCAACGAGGCCUUCGCCGGCGGCGGCUGCGACAGCGGCAAUCGGCGCGACGAGAAUGACAUCUGGGAGAAAGGGGCGAAUGCCGUGCUUGUGGCAGCUGCGCUGGAGCCCUACCUGCCCUCGAUCAGGAAGUUCGUGGGCAAGCUCGCGGACCAGGGCAGACUGCGCGCCCUGUCGUCGCUGAUGCAUCUCCGAUCGACCUACGCCACCGUGUUGCUCAAAGACGCAGCUGUCGCCCAGAUGCGGAAGAUCGAAGCGGGCGACCAGUGCUGCCUCGAGGGCGGCAUUAAGGAGCUCUCCUUCGCGGCCGACAUGAUGCGGAGGUUCGACGAGCAGGUGGCGAUCCUGGACAUAGGGUGCUCGGACGCUGAUGCGUGGAAGCUAUCGUGGUGCGAUCUGGCUCGUAAGACGCAGGCCUUGAAAUCGACUAAGUACGAGCCCCGCUCUGAGGAGGACUGGCAGCGGAUCGCCAGGACUGAGACGGCCACGGCGCUCAGGAAGACUGCCAAGGAGUUGAAGGCAGACCUGAAGGCCAUGUUGACCAGGAAGCCCGCCGCGGAGCCGAAGGAGGAGACGCCGCGCGCGGCCCUGGAGGGAGCCGCUGCCGCCACGACUGCGCCGAAUGAUGUGCCGGCGCCAGGGGAGGGCGCUGACUGCGACUGCCCGAGCUCCGCCGGGGCCGUCGUCACCGAGGUCGCGGUUGUGGCGGCGGCGGCGGCGCCCGUCCCGCAGAGUUGCCUGUGCGAGAAGAAGGUCGCCAUCUGCGUAGCUGUUGGCGUCAACAUCCCGAUGACCGACGGUGGCAUCGUAGCUGUGGCCUACGCUGCCAUCGAAGCGCUCAACAAGGACCAGGUGGUUAAGUGCAUCGUGGCGCUGAGCAUCGACCAGCAGAAGUUGGAGGAGGCUGCCCUCGGGGAGAAGUGGACUGCCAUCGUCGCCGACAUCGUGAACCCCGCGGGGGUCGCCACUGGUGCAGUCGACGAGGUCGUCGCCGCCGCCAUCGAGGACGUCCUCGGGGCCAACGGGGUCGCGCGCCUCGACCAGAUCCUCCACGCGGGCCAAGGCACCAUCAAGUGCAAUUCGUGGAGGGCGCAGCUCGCGGGGUUGGCCGUGCAGGGUUGGCUGGCUCGCCGUUUUCUCGACUUGCCGACGAGCGAUCACAGCGCGAUCGAUUCGCAGGGCACUGGCAACCGCGGCGUCGACCUAGUUGACGUGAAGACUGGGGCGAACGGCAAGGCAAAGCUACACAUCAUUGAGGGUUGCGAUGCAACCCAGGCGGACUCGAUCCAGUUGCAGUUCUUCGGCAAAGUCGUCGUGGUGCCUAUCGGGCAGCCACCCAAGCCCGCCCCCAACAUGAUUCGAAUCGCCACUUGGGGCAAGCUGAAUCACGAGGCUUACCUCCUCUCGUCGGCCACGAUGUCCUCGCCUUCGUCCGACACCUUCGUCCCGGCAUGGGGCGUGCGCGCCGUCGCCGUGCCUGAUGAUCCAGAGAAGGAUAAGACCACCAUGCUGCUCCACAAAAUCAACGUGCGCAUCGGGGUGGACAUGGGCGGCGACGUCGACCCCCAGGAGUUCUUCGGCAACGACGCCGAGGAGGGCCAUCGCCCGAUGAUCGUCGAGAGCCAGGUCGGCACCCGUGCCAGCACAUUGUCAUUCGAAUGCGUCGUGCUGAAAAUCAAGAGCUGCAUGGGCUUCGAGGAUGGAUUCGAGCUCACCCGGAUGAAGCUGAAAGAGGAGACGCCGCCGAAAAAGACGGACGACGCAGCCAGUCGGGGCAGUGACGCGAAGCAGAUCAGGAGCGGGGACGAGGACGAACUUGUUGUGCCUCAGAGUGCUUUCUGGAAGCACAUCAUGAA